AGAGCCGGGGGCAUCCUCGGGUCUGAGCUCAUCUUUAAAGAAAAGAACAGCGCGAUCGAGGCUUCCCUUCACUCCCUUUCUCUCUCUGUUUGUUUGUUUGUUUGUUUGUUUGUGUGUUGUGGUGUUUUGUUUGUUGAUUAAGAAGAGCAGCUGAGCCAAAAUGAUGGAGGAGAUCGACCGAUUCCAAGUGCCGACCGAGGCAGAGAUGCAGGCCUUGGAUCCAGCGUCCUCCACUGCCUCUGAGGGAGACUCGGAUACGAGAGAGAGUGAGCCGGCCACCCUCAACUACAAACCAUCACCACUGCAGAGGAAAAUAGAAAAACAGCGGGAGUUGGCCAGGAAGGGUUCUCUGAAGAACGGCACAGCAGGAAGUCCUGUCAAUCAGCAGCCCAAGAAGAACAACGUCAUGGCCAGAACACGGCUGGUGGUUCCCAACAAAGGUUACUCCUCCUUAGACCAAAGCCCAGAUGAGAAACCGUUAGUUGCUUUAGACACAGACAGCGAUGAUGACUUUGACGUGUCCAGAUACUCCUCAUCAGGAUACUCCUCGGCUGAGCAAAUAAACCAGGACCUGAACAUCCAGCUUCUGAAGGAUGGAUACAGGUUGGAUGAGAUCCCCGAUGACGAAGACCUGGACCUCAUCCCUCCAAAAUCAGUGAAUCCAACCUGCAUGUGCUGCCAAGCCACAUCUUCAUCUGCCUGCCAGAUCCAGUAAAAUUUCUCUUUCUGUUCCUCUUUCCCCCUUCUCUCUCUCCUUCUGUCUUUUAUUCUUGUACCCUUAUAAAAGAUGUUUAAUCCACGUUAUGGCACGAAAUGUACAGGUAAUGCUAUGAUCAAAAUGGUGUACAGGAAAUUCUGAACAAAAACACACACACACACUCUUGCACACACAUAUACAUAAACCUGCGAUAAUAAUUAAUGUUGUUAUUAUUAUUAUUAUUAUUAUUAUUGGUAGUGUCCUCCUAUGGUAGGGCGCUCUGUAUGCUAGUUAGCUGGGAGAAGAGUGUGUGUAAAACCUCCUAGUGGACGUUGUGUAAUCACUGUACGAUUGGAGGUUAGAAAAUUGAUUCAACUGUGCAUAAACACUUGGUGUUGUAUUAUUUUAUUAUUAUUUUUUUUUUUUGCUAGCGCCGAUUUAUCAACUGUAGUACCUGCUUCCAUGUUGUACUUAUCAUUUUAUGUUUGUCGUCUUUGUUUUUUUUUUUUAUUAUUUGUUCACCUUUCAAUGGACAGCUGUAUUGUACGGUAUGUGCUUAAGGAUGUUGCCGAGACACUGUCGAUUUUCAUUUCUUGUGCUAGUUGCUCAUUCGCGGCACUAAACGCAGCAUUGUGUAGCAUGUAUGGAAAACGUUGCACUUUGUUUUUUGUCUACGGUUUCAUUUCGACUUCUUCAGAGAUUCACCACAAAUGAUCGUUUAAUGAUUUCGAGAUGAAUGUAUGGAAAAAAAAUGCAUAUCCAACUGGCUUAUAAAAUGCAAUAUAGCCUAUAUUAUAUGAAAAAGGCCACAUAGUUAGCAUCAUUUGGUCGAUUUUUAUUUGAUGUUAACUUACACACGUAAUAUCAGUGUGCUGUAAAAUGCUACCUAAAGUGCGUCCAAACACUUUGGUGUUAAUGACUGUUUCUCAUUUUCAGUUCAAGUGCUGUGUUCUGGCUUUUUGACUAAAGUAGCGUCACACAGGA